AUGUCUGCACCACCCAACAAAGGCAAGGGCAGGGCUUCGAGCGUUGCAAGCGGUAACAGUGGCGGAGCAGGCAGCCAAAAUAGUGGUAAUACCAGAACUACAACUCAGACGACGAGUGAUCAGUCAAAGUCAACCAUUGCUGAGUUAUCGGUCACGGACUCCACCAAGGUCCUGCUCCAUCAACUCAAAGAUCAUGGCGUGAAAGCAAGCAUGGAUCAGGUGAUGUCUAUUUGGGAAAGUGCUCACAGCAUGUUCAGAGGCGCUGUUUCAAAGAUGGCGCCGGGAAUAAAGCCUAACACAGUCGUGAAAUUCUUAGAAGUGGGGAAUGAUGGCACCACUGGUAGAAAGGCUGCCGGUCAUGCACAUGUCAUACGUGAUCAUGGAAGCGAAUUCAACGACUGGACAGAUGAACAAAUUGUAGAAUUGCCGAGGGUUGCUGAGCAUGCACUCCCAGUUGGUGAACAGCUGGCUAAGAAGAGAAAGAAGGGAGAAGGUCGGCCUUUGUUUGCACUUGUUUAUUAUGGAAAGCCUCUUGUCACUGCCAUUCAGAUUUCGAACAAUGGCUUUGUCGUUUCAUAUAACCGAAACAGUCUUGAUAAGGCUCUAGAGCAGCUGCGCAGCCCUUGUGAGGAACGGAAAGGACUCCCGAUGGCCGCAGAUGAUGGCUCUAUGAACUUCAAAGAUCGAGAACAGCUUGUCAAAUAUCUUCAGAAAUAUUUCAGCUGGCCGCCUGUCCAAAGCUCAGCUUGGCCUCCUGUCGAGCUGGCGACUUGGCCGAGAAUUCAAGCCACAGUUCCUCGCCCAGGUAGUUCGUCAAGUGCAUCAAGUGGUGCGGACUCGGGUGCCUCGACUGUUGCUAUAAAGGCAGGCACAGCCGGAAAUCAUCCGAGGAAGAAGUGA